UGGAACAUGGUUUGCAUAGCGCCAAAAGUAGUUGUAAGAUAUUUUCGUUUUCUCGUUCAUUAUGUUUAGCAAAUACAAGAGUGCGGAGAUAUUUCCGUCCUUUAGACCGUUACUCUUAUCCACCAAGCCUUAAAAACCUCGUCCAUUGUACACAAAACCUUCAUUAAACUCGGUAUAGUUGAACCUGUUGAUUGCACCAAAACGCAAAUCUAAAACUAAAUGGUUGUCCAAACCAAAGUCUUAUCCACCAUGGCAUGUUCUCCUAUAUCUGCAUUCACAUCACGGCCAAGACCCCGAAAUCAUCCAUCUUCUUUUGUUCUAAACCCGAGAGCUAUGGCCAAAGAGCUUCACUUCAACCAUGAUGGUUCAACAACAAAGAAGCUUCUGGCAGGGGUGGAUAUGGUGGCAGAGCUGCUUGGUGUUACAUUGGGUCCAAAGGGGAGAAAUGUUGUGCUGCACAACAAGUAUGGGCCACCCAAGAUUGUAAAUGAUGGAGAAACUGUUCUCAAAGAGAUAGAAUUGGAAGACCCGUUGGAGAAUGUUGGGGUUAAAUUGGUAAGACAAGCCGGUGCAAAAACCAAUGACCAAGCUGGUGAUGGCUCAACUACAUCUGUUGUUCUUGCUCAUGGCUUAAUCACAGAGGGGACAAAGGUUAUUGCUGCUGGAAUGAAUCCUGUUCAAAUUGCUCGUGGGAUUGAGAAGACAUCAACCGCCCUUGUUUCUGAACUCAGUUUGAUGUCUAGAGAAGUUGGGGAUCAUGAACUCGCAGAUGUUGCUGCAGUCAGUGCUGGGAAUGAUUAUGUAGUUGGAAACAUGAUUUCUGAGGCUCUGCAUAAAGUAGGCAGGAGGGGAGUAGUUACAAUUGAAAGUGGAAAGUGUACUGAGAAUACUCUGGAGAUUGUAGAAGGAAUGCAAUUUGAUCGUGGAUAUCUGUCCCCAUACUUUGUUACUGAUCGAAGAAAGAUGACAGUUGAACUCCACAACUGCAAGUUACUCUUGGUCGACAAAAAAAUAACAAACCCAAAGGAGUUGUUUAACAUACUGAACAAUGCUGUGAAAGAGAAGUAUCCAAUAGUGAUAGUAGCAGAGGGGAUUGAACAAGAAGCCUUGGCUCCAGUCAUUAAAAACAAACUCAGGGGCGUGCUUAAGGUAGCUGCUAUUAAGGCUCCUGCCUUUGGGGAACGCAAGACCAACUACUUGGAAGAUAUUGCCAUCUUGACUGGAGGGACCGUAGUCAGAGAAGAUAUGGGUUUCACCCUAGAAAAGGCUAACAAGGAUGUGCUGGGUUCUGCUACUAAGGUUGCCAUAACAAAGAAUUCUACAUUAAUAGUUACGGAUGGGAAUACUCGAGCAGCCGUAGAGAAAAGGGUUUAUCAACUUAAGAGGCUUGUUGAGAAUACUGUAGAAAAUUUCCAGAAGAAGAUACUGAAUGAAAGGAUAGCAAGAUUAUCAAGAGGAAUUGCCAUUCUUCAGGUAGGAGCACAAACACAAGUAGAGUUGAAGGAUAAACAGUUAAGAAUAGAAGAUGCUCUAAAUGCAACCAAGGCAGCAAUCGAGGAAGGUGUAGUAGUUGGUGGAGGCUGCACCCUUUUAAGACUAUCCAAAAAGGUCGAUGGCAUAAAAAAUCUCCUGGACAAUGAAGAACAGAAGAUUGGUGCUGAAAUCUUCAAAAGAGCUUUGAGCUAUCCUACGAGAAUGAUAGCCAAAAAUGCUGGUGUAAAUGGCAAUGUCGUCAUAGAUAAGGUUUUAUCAGAUGAUAAUAUAAAUUUUGGUUACAAUGCUGCCAGAGACUGUUAUGAGGAUCUAAUGAAGGCUGGGAUCAUGGAUCCAACAAAGGUAGUUAGAUGUUGUGUAGAACAUGCAGCUUCAGUGGCCAAGGCCUUUCUUACAUCUAAUGCUGUUGUAGUUGACCGCAAGGACUUAGAGCCCAUGCCACAAAGAAAGCCCAUACCACGAAGAAAGCCCAUGGUUACCUCAGGUUUAGGACCACUUGGCUCAUAGAAAGGAAAGUUGUACAGUUCAAUUCAGCUUUGUUUGUUUGACAUCCAAGGAAGAACAAUCAAGAAGCAAUAGAAAUCCAUAUAUUCUUUGCACAUAUGUGGGCAUUGAUUCGCCAAAUGAAGUUAAUCAAAUUCAAAUUGGCUGAGUCUGCAGAAAGAAAAUAUUUGCUUUCCAAUUCAUACGGUGCUUGUUAGAAAUAAAUCUUUUAAUCAUCGGAGGGAAUACAAAUAUUGUCAUUCAAUGUUAUAGGAUAUUACAUAAAAAGCAAUUUAAAGAAUUGUGAUUCUGUAAAAUGAUAACAGAAUAUCUGAAGGGAGUUCAUAGAUCACAUCCAAUGGUGCAUUCUGAUGCAAUGAUUCUUUAUCUUUUGAUGAUAAUGUCAAGUGUUAC